UGAAACAUCGUACAAACCAUACAGAAAUACCUACAGUUGGUACAAACAUCGUGCAGCUACAUAAUAUUGAACGGAUAUAUCUAAAUAACAACAAUAAUGCAGGAUUACCAUAAAUCUAAUAAGAUACCAAGUCUUUUAUGGAUAAAAUCAUCACUUAACUGUUUUAAAUUUAGAAUCAAGCUAAAGCCGAGGGAAGGAGUAGUAAAGUUUCCCAAAUUUUGUGAUUCAGAACCUACAAACAUCAAUGAAAGCGGUACCAGUGAUUACGUAUUUGAAUGGCAUGAAAAAGUAUUUAGCCGAUGGGAAUUCAACCAUUACUCGGAACCAAACAACUGUAUUUUGGAAAACGAAAAAGAAUACAACAGAAAAAUACAGAAUGAAGAUUAUAAAGUAUCGCAAAUGUUCACUUAUUUGGACAGUGAGAGAAUGCCCAAGGUUGAAAUAAAAAAGUCUGAAGAAACAUCGCUCAUAGAAAGGGUACGGGAAAGAAUAUCCAACGAUGUCACUAGUUCUACAAGGCACUUGUUCAAAAGUGAAUUGGAUCUAAAUAGCAACGAUGAACAGUGGCAAUCGAUGCAUAUCGUUUGGGACAACUCGGAAUAUAACGAAGAUUCCCAAAUACUUUUUAAAGAUGAGUGUCUACUUCUCUCUCUUAACUACAAUCCUAGCAACAAUACUCUACUAAUGUCACCUAGAGAGAACGACAUAGAUUAUAACCCCUACGACGUGUACACUGGUGCAGGGGUGCUUGGGUUCCAAUAUGGCGUCCAGGUUAUAGAGGAGCAGAAUGAUGAGGAGGAACUUGUGGCUUUGGUGAACAAACUCAACAGCAAGUUGGACAAGAAACAAAAGAGCGUGCUACAGUUUGUUGCGCCGCCACUGGGGAGGAACAUCACUUCAGUCCACUUCGAAAUUGUCACUGGAGAGAAUUUUGACCACGACAACGUUUAUGUGGAGUAUACAAUAAAGGUUCCAAACGAAAUAGAUUGCUCCGGAGACCUCCACGGCCGCACCCAUGUCAGCAAAAUGCUGGAAGAUGGUUCGAGUAGGUGCUAUUUUGGACACGUGAUGAAUUUUGAACUAGAAUACAAUAAUGGUUUUGACCCGCCUCCCCUAACAAUAUACUUUGAGGUCAUAUCUGUGGACUGGUGGCGGAGACAUCGCACGGAGGGCUACGCUUACAUCAAAGUAGCUCUUGUUCCGGGGAAUAACGAAGAAACCCGGCUAGAGUGUAGGAGACCAGAAGAAGAUAAGAGAGAAGCUGAAAGAAGACGCUUCUUUGUGGGAGAAUGUCAUCUGAUUAAGGAUUUGCGGGUGUUGGAUCAUCCGCAGGACUAUGACGCAAAAUUCAGGUUCGUCACAUCAGGUGAUAUCACUGUUCGUUGGAACGUCAUCACCCAAGCUCACAACCCUGGGUCUCAGCCUUCUGGCCCCAGUUCAGCAUCACGACUGCUUCAGGGGGCGGAAGAUGCUCUGCAGCAGUACAGCAGAGCAAAGGCAACUUUGGCGUCCGCUACUGAAGAUUUAGAUGCUAUUUAUGGAUCUGGAGAUAGGUAACCAAUACUAAUUGGUUCAGCAGAACAUUCAGAUAUUGUUUGUGGAACUGACCUUUUUGGUGUGCCCCAACUUAAAGUGAGGUUUUUUGGACAUGUAAGGAACCAU